GUUUCCCUCGGCGGAAGUUCCCAACACGUUGUCGAACAGCUCGCUCAUUCAGGCUUCAUUUUCUUGUCCUCCGUGAAGCUUCCGGGCAGAGAGGACCGCACACCGACCGAACUAGCUGCAGCCAUGACUGAACCAGAAGUGAAUCCUAAGGCCUACCCACUAGCUGAUGCUCAGCUUACCAAGACUAUACUGGACCUUGUGCAGCAGUCUGCUAAUUAUAAGCAGCUUCGUAAGGGAGCUAAUGAAGCCACAAAGACUCUUAACAGAGGUAUUGCAGAGUUUAUAGUUAUGUCAGCUGAUGCAGAACCUCUGGAGAUCAUCCUACAUCUCCCCCUGUUGUGUGAAGAUAAGAAUGUUCCAUAUGUCUUUGUGCGCUCCAAGCAAGCAUUGGGAAGAGCAUGUGGCGUAUCAAGACCUGUAAUUGCUUGUUCAGUGACCAUCAAGGAGGGAUCACAGCUGAAGCCUCAGAUCCAGUCUGUCCAGCAGGCUAUUGAGAGACUGCUGGUGUAAUACACAUGCGCCUCCAGAAUACUGGCCUAAGAUUUAAUUUUUCAUCCAUAUAACAGAUUUACAAAUAACCAUAGCUAACUGUUCAUAGAACCAAAAUAUGAACAUCAUGCAGAUUUCUUUACAUUUGUUAUCCAAGAGGCAAACUGUCUUAAAACAUUGGUUGAUGUUUUUUUUUUUUUUUCCAAAUUUCAGUUGUCUUAAUGUUUUACAGUAAAACUCCUGAAAAAUCUACAAUUUAAAAAUGUCAGUCUUUUUUCAUUACACUGGCUUGUAUUAUAUGUAUUUUUAAUAAAAACAAAAACCAGUAACUGGAA